AUGUUACUUAUUAAGUUGAAGUGUCUACAUGGAGAUGAUGGAGGAAAGAAAUCUCAAGUUAUUACUAUCCUAACAGCCACAGUCGCAUUUUUCAUAUGCGGCCUCUACAUAGGAUGGUCAGGACCCACAUUAAGGAAAAUUUUAUCCGACGAAUACCCUUUCGAUGUCUCAGAAGAUGAGGUUUCUUAUAUCGUUAUCAUUGGACCCAUCGGCGACAUAGUUGGAGGAAUCCUCAGCACUUCUAUAGUCGACAUUAUUGGAAGAAAAUGGACAAUACUCUGUCUGGCAAUUCCACAGUUCCUAAAUUUUGUUACAAUAUACUUUUCUUAUUAUUCAGUUUCCCUUUUAUACGUGGGCAGAUUUGUUGGUGGUAUAGCUGAAGGAGCCGUAAUAGCCAUUGUACCUGUGUACAUUGCUGAAGUGUCGGAGCCGGAAGUGAGAGGACUUUUUGGAUCAUUCAUAUCAACGACCUUCAUAUUGGGAAAAUUAGUGAUGAAUCUACUGGGAUCAUAUAUAGACAUUUACAACACUGCAUUAAUUUGUAUGAUCUUCUCGUUGCUUUUUGUUUGUUCUUUCAUACACAUGCCGGAAUCCCCAUAUUAUCUUCUUAUGAAACAAAAAGAAUCGGAGGCUGAAGCGUCCUUGAAAAUACUUAGAAGAAAAUAUGAUGUUAAAAAGGAAUUAGGAAUGCUUUCUACUGAUGUCCAAAGACAAAUGAGUGAAUCGGGGACGUUUAUGGACCUAUUCAAAAUAAAAUCGAAUAGGAAAGCAUUAUUGUUGGUACACGGAAUAUAUUUUUUUAUGCAGUUCACUGGAAUAACAGCAUAUAGUAUGUAUCUACAAAUUCUUUUGGAACAAGGAACGAAUUUAUCACCAAUACUUGGGUCAUCAUUAGUCAUUAUAGGCCAACUAGUUUCAAAUACGAUAGCCUCUUUAUUCGUGGACAAAUUGGGACGCAAACCAUUAUUAAUAUUUUCUAUUACCACCUGCUGUGCAAUUUUAUUCAGCCUUGCAACAUUUUAUACAUUAAAAGACUUAAACUUUGAUCUUAGUGAAGUACUUUGGAUACCAUUACUAUUAAUCGUAUUAUUUAUUUUAUGCUUUCAAUCAGGUCUGGGGAUUUUAUACAACGUUUUUGUGGGAGAAAUUUACUCCACUAGCAUCAAAACGAAGGCUUUAUUUGUAGGAAGUAUAAGUCAUUCAAUAUUUAUGAUUACAAGUACAAAAUUCUACCAAUUGACAGCAGAUAGACUAGGAUCAGCCGUACCGUUUUAUUGUUUUGGUUGUAUUAGUUUACUUGGGGUGUUUUUUAUUAUAUUUAAAAUACCUGAAACCAAAGGCAAAACUUUGGAGCAAAUUCAACAAGAACUCAAGGGUCAUAAAGUCACAUCAAGCGAAAAAAGUUAAGAAAGGUGUACAUGUAUUUUAUUAAAAUUCUAGUCAGUACACUGUAACCAAAAAUUAAAUGAGAUAGUUGUUGUUGACAAUAUCUCCUUUAAUUUUUUCAACAUUAUAAUUUAAUCAUCAUAAAAUGCUCUCUGUAAAAUUAAAUAAAAUAAAACGAUGGGAAUUAUUUAAAUUAUUUUUUUUAUCAGUCCCAGCCAAAAAUUAGAUGAAAAUUAUAAUUUUACUUAUAAUUAAUAUAAUAAUUACUAUUUUAGUUUAAAGCAUUCUUUGAAUAUUCGAUCACAAUGAAAAUUCAUCCUUUUACAAAGUUGCUUAAUAAUAUAAUCAAUUUUAUAGCGGUUGAGAAUAUGGAUCCACUAUCCUUUUACGACUUCGUUGAGGUUUUAUCGUUUACAUACCAAUUUAACUUGUCAAUAUGUAUUACAUAUGUAUUUAAAUUCUUCCACGAUGUAACAUAAAAAUUUAUAUAUGCAGAAUCGUUAAUCUCUAUUGGAUAUUUUUUUCAGAAACUGAAACAUAAACAUAAACUUAUGACAAGUGAUUAUUUCCGUUGGAGCAAAAUUGCACCCUAAAAUAACUAUAAAUUUCAACGGCAACUUCAAAAUAGAAAAUAUUACUUGGCAUAACGUUCUUUUAAUGCGCGUUUUAAAGUUUAUUGCGCAAAGUUUAUGUAUUACGAAUUCUAUAGAAAGUUUAUUAAAAGCAAGCUGUAAACUUAAACAUCGUUAAUAAACAAAAGUAACUGCUGUGACACUAUUUACAUGUAUUCAAUUUAAUUUCUAGCGGAAAUAACAAAAUAAUUGUUAAUAAAUAUUAAUCAACAAUUUUUAUCAACUUUCAGUUGUAUUGUCAGAGUUUUUUCGUAGAUAAACACGACGAAGGGAUGGACUUUAUCAGGAAUGAUUAGCUCCAGGAGGGAUCUUUAUCGGUUGCAGUCUUGAAUCGUUUGAGAAGGCCAUGAUUGAUGACGUCGCAAAGUUUUACCGAGU